AUCCCUAAUUAGCCUUUAAUCACAGUAUUUAUACAAAAUUCAGUCUCUCUCCAUUACAUCUACACUCUACACCGCCAGUUUACAAACUAUGGAGAAAGAACACGGCGACCUUCUCCCACUGAACCCUACUCCGGCGGCGGCGACGACCGCAGUUGACGCCGGAGAUCAGCAGCCACUGCAGCAGUCAACCCGGCCACGUCCGAAGAGGUUCGUGAAGAACCAAAUACCAGACUCCAUCCUAAACGAUGCAGCACUCAACGCCGCCAUAUCACUUUUACCUCAAAACUACAACUUCGAAAUCCAUAAGUGUGUAUGGCGAGUGCGAACUUCAGGUGCGAAGCGCGUGGCCCUGCAGUUCCCUGAGGGUCUCCUCAUGUACUCACUCAUCAUCUCCGAUAUACUCUCCACAUUCACUUCAGCCACUCACUGUUUCAUCCUUGGCGACGUGACUUUCGGCGCGUGUUGCGUUGACGACCUCUCGGCGGGAGCGCUUUCCGCUGAUCUCCUCAUUCAUUUCGGCCAUAGCUGCCUCGUGCCUAUUGAUUCCACCACUAUCCCAUGCCUCUAUAUAUUCGUCGAAAUCUCAAUCGAUGUUCACAGGUUGUUGAAUGAACUCAAACUCAAUUUUUAUAAUUCCGAUACGUAUGACAAUAUCAUUAUGGCUGGAACAAUUCAAUUUGCUUCUGCAAUUCGGGCGGUUAAGCCCGAACUUGAAAAAUUGGGGUUUAGUAUUUUGAUUCCUCAAGCUAAACCGUUAUCGGCUGGGGAGGUACUCGGCUGUACUGCCCCGAGUGUUAAGAACAGGUUUUCUGAUGGAGAGAAUGUGGUUUUGGUAUUUGUGGCUGACGGUAGGUUUCAUUUGGAGGCAUUUAUGAUAGCGAAUCCGGGGAUAAAGACUUAUAGAUAUGAUCCGUUUAUAGGGAAGUUGUUUGUGGAGGAGUAUGAUCAUAAGGGAAUGAAGGAGGAGAGGAAGAGAGCGAUUGAAAAAGCCAGGGGGGCGAAGAAUUGGGGGAUAGUGCUUGGGACAUUAGGUAGGCAAGGAAAUCCAAGGAUAUUGGAUAGGUUAGAGAAGAAAAUGUCGGAAAAGGGGAUGACUUGGACAGUUGUAUUGAUGUCGGAGAUAUCUCCUACGAGGAUUGCAUUGUUUGAGGAUGCAGUGGAUGCCUGGAUUCAGAUUGCUUGUCCGAGGUUGUCAAUUGAUUGGGGAGAUGCAUUUAAAAAGCCUUUGCUAACACCAUUUGAGGCGGAGAUUGCAUUGGGUGAUUUGUCUGGAUGGUGGGAGAGGACGACAUCAAAGAAUUCAGAUAUAUGUUGUGAUGAAGGUAUGAAGUGUUCAAAGAAUGAGUCUUGUGGUGCUUGUGAUAAGGGUGGUGAGGAAGUGAAGGAAGAGACACAAGUAGAUUAUCCGAUGGAUUAUUAUGCUCAGGAUGGUGGGGAGUGGAAUUCUUGCUACUCCAAGAAGCCUGCUAGACUUUCACAAAGAAAUAGUCAAUCUUGUAAUGGUGCCAAUGCCAUCAAAUCUAAUAGCUGAGCUAACUUGUUCCAGCUGGAAAUAUUACUGCCAUCGUAAAUGGAGUUUACACUUCUGGAGUUAAGAGAUGCGAGAUAUAGAGGUCUGCUGAGUGAUGGUAUAUUAUGUCUCUUAAAAGGUUGAUGGCAUAAGAAACUGGGCUUCUCUGUUUCUUAUCAUCCAUGUUAUAUGCUUGUUGUUAGGGUGGAAUGGAAAAAGGGUGAUGCUAAGGCUGUAAAACUAUGGAGAAACCACCUGCUACCUUUUGACCACGGCCGUGAUUUAUUCAGUCCUAGAAAAGGAUUUUCAAAUAAAUCUGGGUAUUCACUGAGGUGCUAUUAAAGGGAAGGCUGGAAAGUUCGCAAAUGUAAUGCAUGUGGUAUCUUGCUUAGAUAUUUUUCAAAAUUGCUCGCUCUUUUUGUCUUAGCGUCAUUGUUAAACUCUUAAGGUUUGAUGAAAGAUGAUUCUGUUAAUUUGUUUAUCUUUUGAGAGGGUGUACUAUAUAUCAUACUUAUUCAAUAAAGAUGAUUCUGUUAAUUUGUUUAUCUUUUGAGAGGGUGUACUAUAUAUCAUACUUAUUCAAUGAACGAAUAGUUGUGUUGUUUCUUUA